AUGGGGGCUCAGUCAUGGAUAAUUAUGGUAGUGAUAUCAGCAACUUUCAUGCAAAUAUGCAGAGCUGUAGAUGAUAAACUCCUGAGUUUGCCAGGGCAACCAAGAGUCAGUUUCCAGCAAUAUGCAGGAUAUGUAACUGUAGAUGAAAAUCAAGACAGAGCUCUUUUCUAUUACUUUGUCGAAGCAGAAUCAGACCCAGCUUCAAGGCCUCUUGUGCUCUGGCUAAAUGGGGGGCCUGGUUGUUCUUCUGUUGGAGCAGGAGCUUUCUCUGAGAAUGGCCCUUUCAGACCAAGUGGUGGAGAGAGUCUUGUUAGAAAUGAUUAUAGUUGGAACAAAGAAGCAAAUAUGCUGUUCCUGGAAUCGCCAGCAGGGGUUGGUUUCUCUUAUUCUGCCAAUCAAUCUUUCUAUAACUUGGUGAACGACACUAUCACAGCACAAGACAAUUUUGUAUUCCUACAGAAUUGGUUCCUGAAAUUUCCUGAGUACAAGAAUAGGGAUUUGUUUAUCACAGGAGAGAGCUACGCAGGACACUAUAUACCACAACUUGCUUACCUCAUUGUGAAGUCAGGACUAAAAUUCAAUUUGAAGGGCAUAGCUCUAGGAAACCCUCUAUUGGAGUUCGGUACAGAUUUUAACUCGGAAGGUGACUUCUAUUGGUCUCAUGGGUUGAUAUCAAACCCUACUUAUGAACUUCUCAGUGCAGUAUGUAACACUUCACAACUCUGGCGAGAGCGUCUAGGAGCCUCCCUUUCGGCUUCUUGUUUGGAAGUGGUAGAUCAACUUAAUGCAGAAAUUCCGGACGUUAUUGAUACAUAUGAUGUCACUGGAAAUGUUUGUCUAUCGUCUGGUGAAUCAGAAACGCUAUUGGGAAAAUCUGGAGAGAAUAUUGAUCUUUGUGUAGGAGAUAAAACUUUUCUAUAUUUGAACAGGAAAGAUGUGCAAGAAACUCUUCAUGCCAAGCUUGUUGGAACUCCACAAUGGACUUCGUGCAGUAGAGUUACACACUAUGAUCUUCGAAACCUAGAGAUACCAACAAUUGAUGUGGUGGGCUCAUUAGUCAGAUCAGGCAUCCGGGUUCUAGUAUACAGUGGAGAUCAGGAUUCUGUUAUCCCAUUUACGGGGAGUAGGACUUUGGUGGAAUGCAUGGCAAAAAAGCUGGGAUUGAACGCAACUGUGCCCUAUACAGCUUGGUCUGAGGGUAAACAGGUUGGCGGAUGGACACAAGUCUAUGAUGACAUCCUGACAUUUACCACCACUAGAGGAGGCUCUCAAAUGACACCAUUUUCAUCACCAGCAAGAUCACUGGCACUAUUUGCAGCAUUUCUAUCUGGGAAGCCUCUUGUCUAG